AUGUCAUCUAUCAUUCAACAAUCUGGGUACCAUCUAAAGUUUAAUCGGAUAUACAAUGAAAUUCAAGGAAGUUCAUAUGAAUCUGAAUGUAAAUAUUCUUUACUUCGAGUUCUUGUAUAUCGAUGGUUUUUGGAUCUCGAUCCAAACUUCACACACAAUAAUCCCUCAAUCAUUCAACAUAUAGAAGAGAUUUUAGAUAAUAUUCUAGCUCUUUUAGAGGUGACGGGAGCUCAACCAUCUUUAUUGUCUACUGUAAUAUUUUAUACUGACAGAUUCCUUCGUGGAGCAACAAUCAUGUACGACCAGCUAUUCAGCGUGUUACUCAUAAGUACCAUCAUAACUCUCAAAUUCUGGACAGAGAACCUUCAAAUCAAAAAUUCUAUAUUUGUCGAAAUUUUUAAAACAUACAAACUUAAAGAUAUCAAUAUGAUGGAGAUCUGUUUUCUUAAUGCGAUCCAAUACGACCUUUUUAUUACACAAAAGGAAAUCAAAAUUUUCUUGAAAUCAUUUCUAGACAAUAAAUUAUGGUCAACUAUAUCAGCCUACAACAAAAAUAUCAAAAAGAAAUCACAAGUAACAACGCCAACAGUUUCAUCACCAACCUCUGCAGUUGUAAGUAACACUGCCCAAUAA